AUGCUGCCGAAUCUUCCCCCGGAAUUGGUAGAGGAGAUACUCUCUAGAGUUCAGGCAACAACUUUGACUCGGUUAAGAUCUACUUGCAAACUAUGGAACAGUUUAUUCCAAGACAAAAGAUUCGUCGAGAAGCACAAGCACUUAGCGAAACAGUUCGGGGUCCUCAUGUUGAAGGACUAUAGAGUUUGUCCGAUGAGUGUAGGCAAUCUCCAUGAUGAAAUCAACAAAAACGUUGCUGCUCCAUCUAGAGAACUUAAGGAGGGAUUUGACCUAAAGGAUUCUCGUUUGAAAUCAUCAGACCAAGUCGAUGUAUCCGAAAUAUUUCAGUGCGAGGGUUUAUUAUUGUGCACCACCAAGGACAAUAGUCUCGUGGCUUGGAACCCUUGUACUGGUCAAACCAGGUGGAUCCAACACAGUUUACUUAACAAGAGAAAGUCUAUGUUUUUCCUUGGAUACGGAAACAACAAGUCUUGCCGUAACUACAAAAUCUUGAGGUAUUGGGAUGAUGGCAAGCUAUGCAAACAAGUUGUGGAGUUUGAAAUUUAUGACUUUAGCUCUGAUUCAUGGAGGGUUCUCAAUGACGUCACUUGCAACUGUAUCCCGCAACUAAAUGGCAUGUCUUUGAAGGGAAAUACUUAUUGUUUUGGUUUGUAUAAGGUAUAA